AUGUCUUUGCAUCGAGUAGCGUCCCUGGAAACGUUCCUCAGCGUAUCUGAGGAUGGACACCGGGCGCGGAGAGGCUCGGACGCCUCAUCCAUAGGGGCGUCGGAGAGGGCUCGUAAGCUCACGUUCAACCCCUUGCCGGAAUCAUGGGAUCCCCCGGCGCCAAAGGAUGAGGCUAUCGUUCAGUCGGUUGGAGCUUUUGAAGUUCCUAGAUGGAAGAGAUUAGUUCAGCUAGUGGUGUCUGUUAUAUACUGUCUGUUCUCCGCCGGCAUCGUCUUCGGGUAUGCCGCCCUCAAGCCGGUGCUUAAGCGGGAGGGCGCCUAUCAGGCCCUGUGUCAUGGCGACGAUACCUGUGUCGAGAUUCACUUGAACUUGAUGUUCACUGUUGCCGCCGUGGCGACCAACGUCGCUGCUCUGCCAAUUGGUGCCAUCCUGGAUCACUACGGUCCCCGCGUUUGCGGCUGCUUAGGGGCUGGCUUCCUUGCCAUCGGGUCAGUAUUGAUGUCCUUUGCCCAACGAAUGCCAUUCGAUGGCUUUCUAGUGGGCUAUCUCUUCCUCGCCUUGGGCGGUCCCUUUAUCUACAUUUCAAGCUUUCAGCUCUCCAACGCAUUUCCUCGAUCCUCGGGGCUCAUCUUGGCCCUUCUUACGGGAGCUUUCGAUGCUUCUAGCGCGCUAUUUCUGAUUUAUCGCUUGAUAUUCGAGCAUACUGAAGGCGCGUUCGGCCACGAGAAGUUCUUCCUUGCCUAUCUCGUGGUGCCCAUGAUUAUCAUUAUAGUCCAGUUCACAAUCCUUCCAGCGCAAUCGUACAAGACUGUCGGUGAAAUGAUCGAAGACAUCGAAGGCCAUGAACAGACACCCUUUGCUGCGAAUGGAGACCCGACUGAUGAUCAGAUCGACGAGGAGACGGCGCUCCUGCGCGAGGAGCAGCGGGAACAGCAGCGACAGCAGCACUCGACGGCCGUACGGGAGAUCGAAGAGCUGCUGGGCUCCACCAAGGCGGACGAGCAGGUCCAUCGGGAGGAGACAAAGAACGAGAUCAGCGGCGUCUGGGGCGUCAUGCAUAACAACACGAUACGUGAGCAGAUCAUGUCGUUCUGGUUCUGGUUCAUCUGCCUCUUCACGGUCGUGCAGAUGACCCGGAUCAACUACUUCGUGGCCACCAUCCGGCCGCAGUAUACCGCGAUCUUCCAUUCCAAGGAGAAGGCUGCUGAGAUCAACACCUUCUUCGACGUGGCCCUGCCGGUCGGCGGCAUCUUCUCGAUUCCCUUCAUCGGCGGGGUUCUCGACCACUUCAGCACGGUCACGGUGCUCACUACGCUCGUAUCCGUGGCCACCACGAUUGGUGUGCUGGGCGUGCUGCCGUUCGAGUGGGCUGCGUACGGGAACGUUAUCCUCUUCGUGCUGUACCGCCCCUUCUACUAUACGGCCGUCAGCGACUAUAGCGCCAAGGUCUUCGGCUUCCGCACCUUUGGCACCGUGUACGGGACCAUCAUCUGUCUCUCGGGCCUGUUCAACUUCAGUCAGAGCGGGCUGGACUACCUCUUCCACGAGACUUUCCACAACGAUCCGGUCCCCGUCAAUUUGAUUUUGCUGGCCUUGGGCUUCAUGAUUGGCGUUUCUCUGGUUAGCUACGUCUGGUGGAACGUACGGACGAUGCGCAACAAGGCUCUCGCCAGAGCGGCCGAAUUUGGGAGGUCUUGA